AACGUUAGAGCGGUGGGGGCAGGUCACAGUGUUUGUUGCUGCGAUAUCUUGGAUACGGAACUACGCCAUUAGCCACGGAUAACGUUAUUUCGAAUAAUUUCCGAUUUAAAAAUAUAAAAAUAAGUAGGGAUCGAGUCGCAGCGAUAAAAGCGACUCGGAUCUCGCAUAUUAAGUCUAAUUUUAAAUAAAUAUACACCGACCAAAUAAGGGGAUGCUGCUGCAGAACGAGCUGGAUUGUCUCCGACGGUCGCUGGAUUUAAUGUCGUCGCAUUUAUUUGGAAAAGCCAGUUUUUCGAUAGAAGAAUCCGCACACAGAAUAAAUAGUCAUCUACCGCGACCGAGCACGUUUGUGUGGUGUUGAAUUAAGAGUUAGACGACGUUAACACCGAUUCUGUAUCGUCCCGAUCAUAGCUAACAUUGGUUGGCUUUAAAGCAGUUUCGGGGUCACUGUAUUGUGUUGCAAUUGUCGCUGGUUAACGUUAGCCUGGUCUUUGUCGGUGGCUGCAGCAACAAUUAAAGUAGGAAGAAAAACUGGCCCUGGUGUCCAUUUAGUCUACUGGUUAAGGUUAGCUACCAAACAGCGCUGUUAUUUGCUCCUUUUUGUUUUGUGCAACCAACAAACAUCGCGGCCGAGUUAACCUCAGACUCAGGAUUGUGGAGUGUAAUUUGACACCGUCAACACAGUACUUCAGAGCCAUGAAGUUAUUGGAGAACUCGAGUUUUGAAGCCAUGAGCUCCCAUCUGUGUGUGGAGACGGGUGACUCUCAUAUCCUGGGCAGGAUGGAGAGUUACUCCUGCAAGAUGGCGGGCGACGACAAGCACAUGUUCAAGCAGUUCUGCCAGGUGGGCGAGCCGCACGUUUUGGAGGCCCUGUCCCCCCCCCAGUCCAGCGCCACCAGCCCCCCGCAGCUGGGUAAGAGCAGUGAGGAUGGAGAGAGCCCCCUGAGUGACACGUGCUGCAGGAAGACUCUGUUCUACCUCAUCACCACGCUCAACGAGUCCUUCCGUCCGGACUACGACUUCAGCACCGCCCGGGCACACGAGUUCAGCCGGGAGCCCAGCCUCAACUGGGUGAUGAACGCGGUGAACGGCAGCCUGUUCUCGGCAGUGGGAGAGGAGUUCAACUCCCUCGGCCCUGAGCUGUGGAACGCCAUCGACCAGGAGAUCAACCUGCAGGGCUGUGACAUAUACAGCUAUAACCCAGACCUGGACUCUGACCCCUUUGGAGAGGAGGGCAGCCUCUGGUCCUUCAACUACUUCUUCUACAACAAGAAGCUGAAGAGGAUAGUGUUCUUCACCUGCCGCUCAGUCAGCGUCCUCAGCGGGUAUGGCCGAGACAGCCUGGACAACGAGCUGGACAUGGAGCUCGAGGACGAAGAGGAGAUGGACGAGUUCACUGAGGACAGGUUCCCCAGGGCUUUGUGCGUUUAAACUUCUCAGGGACAAACGAGCGGACCCAGGCCUCUUGGGAACAGCCGUAUACCCCUCCUCCAUAUAUAAACCUCUCCUUUUCUUUCUCUCUCUUCUCUCUUACCAUCUCUCUCUUCUGAUGGACACCAGCAUGUUGUGUCUUCUCCUCACUCUUGGCUGGAUUAAAGGAUGCUGUUGGGACAUUAAGAAGUCUCCUGUUGCCCCGCGCCCUGCCCCACCAUUGCCUAGCGACCCCCCCCCCCCGGUCCAGUGAAUGUGUAUGUGCUAUGGACUCCCUUGUGAGCAGAUUUGGCCUGGGUUAGGCCCUGUUUCAGAUGGCAGUGUUGUGCGAUUCCUGACCAGGCCUGGUUUACCUGGGCGGGGGGGCCACAGCAUGGUGGACUUCUUCCUACCCCCCAACGCUGUGACGGACAGGACGGAGACCGUGGACAAGCCAGGAGAGCCGGAGCAGGGCAAAGCCAUGGACUGCAAACGGAGCAAGCAUUUUUUUUUUGUGAGGGGCUGAAGUGCACCCACUGGAUACAGAGAGCGGCUCGCGGUCUGAUACCGUCAUGAGUGGAUUGGGCCAGGGGGGCUGGAACAGGCCUGGGACGCGGAUCGCCCAAUCACCUCCCACUGCCAAGGGGGCGGGGUUACAGGAGCAUUACUGUGAUUGACAUUCUGUCCAGCCUGGAUUUUAUUUGUAUUUGGUUUGUUUUUUUGGACUCAUGUCUUUUUUUUUUUUUUCUUCUUCUUCUCCUGUCACUCUUACAGUUUCUCGGUUUUAAGGUGUUUUUUUUUGGUGAGAGUCGUGUGGCUGCGUGCAUUUUAAGCCCUGCUCCGGAGCUGUGCAGUCGGCCUGCGUGCCGAGGCCCGUUCCUUCCCUUGAUUUUAAUUUUAAUUUUAAUUUUAAUUUUGCACCCUCCUAACGCUGUGCGACGCGUGAAAAAUCCCGAUUCACUGCCACGUGAGCAAUAACAGAAGGCCAAGCCUGCAGUCGGCCGUCCGGGGCCUGGAACCACCCGCCCCAGGCCCCCGGCCUUUAGCCACUGCAACGUUUCGUUUUGGUCCCCCUUCGUCCUAAUCGUAUCUCCCCUUUGUGAUGACGAUGAGGGCGGAGUUCCUGUGCCGCGCUGUGAGGGGGGCGGCCCUGACGCGAUACGCCCCACUGCGUGCCUCUCCCGGAGGCCGCUUUGGGGAGACCGAAGGAGAGAGCGCGUGAGCCCAGAAACGUCGGUGUCGCCGGCACAGCUUGCUUUCACGCCCCCCCCCGUCCUGCUGAAAUAAUCUGCAGGAGAGGCCCGCGUGAAACGAAAGGACAGGACCCCCUCCCCUCCCCCCCCCCCCGUUCCUCUCCUUCCUCCCCUCGUGCUCGUUAUCUCUCCCGUUGAGAGAGUGGUUUUCAUAUAUCCUUUGUGAGUUGGUAAGCUGAAUAAAGUUUUCUGUGUUUUAGCCAAA